UUCAUUGCUGAGAGGCUGCUGCUUCCCUCCAGGAGACUCAGUCGAGGGUACAGAGGGGAUGCGGCAACUCUCCGAUUCCCCCUGUGUGGAGAUGCUACUUUGUUUCUGGAUGGGGAGGUGAGCUGUAUCCUCUCUCUGGAAGGCACGGCGAGCAGCAGCUCUGAGCUGAGGCAUGGGGGCUGUAUGAGGGCCUGUCCGCUGAAGUUACCUCUCAGGGUGAUGUCCCCAGUGACCUGGUGUUUAGCUUCAAGAGGAGGCCCACAGUAUUGCUGUCCAGGUGCAGAGCCCCCAGGAAGGCUUUUCAAGGAGGUCAAAGAGGAAAAAUCCUGGCUGCAGAGCACCAAAUACAGCUGGGAUUGAACCACAGGCGAGAACCUAAGCAAUGUCCGCUCUCAUCCACGCGAGCUGUGAUGCAGGGAGACACCAUGAUUCCUGGUAACCGAAUGCUGAUGGUCAUCCUACUAUGCCAAGUCCUGCUAGGAGGUACUAACCAUGCUAGCCUGAUACCCGAGACCGGCAGGAAGAAAGUCGCAGAGCUUCAGGGACAAGCCGGAUCCGGACGCCGCUCUGCCCAAAGCCAUGAACUCUUGCGGGGUUUCGAAACAACUCUGCUCCAGAUGUUCGGGCUGCGAAGGCGGCCUCAGCCCAGCAAGUCAGCCGUCAUUCCUGGUUACAUGCUGGAUCUCUAUCGGCUCCAGUCCGGAGAAGAGGAGGAAAGUCUCCAGGAAAUUAGCCUGCAAUACCCGGAGCGAUCGACCAGCCGGGCAAACACCGUGAGGAGCUUCCACCAUGAAGAGCACCUGGAGACGGUGCCGGGCCCCAGCGAGGCGCCUUGGAUCCGUUUCGUCUUCAACCUCAGCAGCGUGCCGGAGAACGAGGUGAUCUCCUCGGCGGAGCUGCGCCUGUACCGGGAGCAGGUGGAGGAGCCGAGCACGGCGUGGGAGAGGGGCUUCCACCGGAUAAACAUUUACGAAGUGAUGAAGCCGCUGUCGGAGCGCGCUCAGGCCAUUACGCGCCUGUUGGACACGCGUCUGGUGCACCACAAUGUGACGCGCUGGGAGACCUUUGAUGUGAGCCCGGCCGUGAUCCGGUGGACCAAGGACAAGCAGCCGAACCACGGGCUGGUGAUCGAGGUGACCCACCUCCACCACGCACAGACUCAUCAGGGCAAACACGUCAGGAUUAGCCGAUCUUUACCUCAAGGGCGCGGGGACUGGGCUCAGCUCAGGCCGCUCCUGGUCACUUUUGGGCACGACGGGCGAGGCCACGCGCUGACCCGCAGAGCCCGCCGGAGCCCCAAGCACCAGCGUUCCCGCAAGAACAAAAAAAACUGCCGCCGCCAUGCCCUCUAUGUGGAUUUCAGCGACGUGGGCUGGAACGACUGGAUCGUGGCGCCGCCGGGGUACCAGGCGUUUUACUGCCACGGGGACUGCCCCUUCCCUCUGGCCGACCACCUCAACUCCACCAACCACGCCAUCGUGCAGACGCUGGUGAACUCCGUGAACUCCAGCAUCCCCAAGGCGUGCUGCGUGCCCACGGAGCUGAGCGCCAUCUCCAUGCUCUACCUGGAUGAGUAUGACAAGGUGGUCCUGAAAAACUACCAGGAGAUGGUGGUGGAGGGGUGCGGGUGCCGCUGACCCCCUUCCCCACCGCCCUCUCCUACCCCUUCUCUCUCCCUCCCGUCCCACCCCCCCAAACUGCUUGCUAUAGCUGGACUCUUCUCUAAACUAAACGUUCACCUUGACCUUAUUUAUGACUUUAUGUGCAAAUGUUUUUGACAAUAAUGAUCAUAUAUUUUGACAAAAUAUAUUUAUAACUACAUAUUAAAAGAAAAAAAUAAAAUGAGUCAUUAUUUUAAAGGUAAA